CAUCCUCAUAUUAUCCAUCUCACAAGCUCCAGUCGGAACCAACAAACCCAUGGUCAGUCCCUUCACUUCUUUCCUCUUGACCUCUCAGUCAAAAACUGCGAGUCCCUGCAACUCGAAUCGCUUUGCGCCUCUCUCUCACCUUCAGCCUGUUUAACAAGACAACCUUAUAAUUGUUUCAGCAAUCCACAUUGGCCUUGAUUCGCUUAUCGAUAGACCAAAACCGUGUUCUCUUUCUUACUUAUCUAAAUUUGCACUCGGAAUUGGCUGGUCUUCAUUCAAUUUUUCAUUAGUUUCAAGAAUAUUAUAAUCAUUUUAUUUGCCUGACUCGCUUCGACGAACGUUCAAAAACUCAUCCAUCUUCAUCGUCGCCAUCCCAUUCUCGAGGUGCCCUCUUACCAAAAUCCAGGGUGAAACUCUUGUUCGACAAUUAUCCGAAAUUUCAUAUACAAGCACGCCAGCUGCCUCGACAUUCCUCUCUCUCUCUCUCUCUCCCUCGGGCCUCGGCAUUACAGCUUGGCUCCCAAGAGCUUCCUUCCAAGGAUGUCAUCUGGUCCAUGAAGACCCAGCAGCAGCUUCCAAGAAUUUCGAAUGCCUGCCUGCUUGACUCCUCCAUUCCAUCCAUCCCCGGCAUUUCCGAUGUUCACUCCUUACUUCGAUUGCUACGAUCUUAAACAUCAGAUACAUACUGCUUGGCUCGAUUAAAUUCACACCUGUCUGUCUGUCUGCUAUUCUCUUUCUUUUUCUCUUUUUUCAUCCAUCGUGCCUCCAACCUAGUCCGAUAUCCAACCAGACCUUUCCUCUUCCAUCGCUCAACCCUCCCACUUGGCCCUGUUUCCCUCAAGUCCACACCACGCACGGCCCCAAUCCCUCGCGUUUCGAACCUUUUUUUCCUUUUCUCUUUCUUUUAGCUUGGCUUGAUCCUACCGUCCUCGGCCAGCAGCUCAUCACCAUCUGCCAUUAGGCCCUAGCUUCCUACAAGAUUUUCAUCCUCGGUCUAUGCCGGUCCCCUUGCUCUCCCUCCUCCUCUUCUUCUUAAUCGUUUAACAGUUCCUCACCAUCAUCGAUACGUUGUCUUUUCAAUUUACUCACAUUCUUGCCAGUUCCAGUCAACAAUAAAUGGCUGCAAUUCCAGGCUCCCCAUCAUCCGGGAGCUUCUCCAAGGCCACCACACCCCCCAUCUCGCCUCCCGCCGUCGACGACCUCGUUCUAGCAUUGUAUGAUUUCCCGGCCACAACACCCUCGACUAACCGCUGUUUAUCUUUUAAGGCAGGACAGGUGAUACGCGUGGUUAAUCGUGAUAAGUCGGGCUGGUGGGAUGGCGAGAUGAUCCAGACAUCCAAGGCUGCCAACGUGUCCACAGACGGUCGCUUCCCGCCCGCCAAGCGCGGCUGGUUCCCAAGUAACUACGUCAGCCCGAUCCCUCCCUCGAAUAUUGCGAGCUUUCAGCUUACCCAGAAACCGGCCUACGUCCGACGCCCAUCAGCAGCUUCCUUAACCUCGUCCAUUGCCACUGCCAACGACUUUCUGCUCGAUUCACCCCUGCUGUCUCUGAACUCAACAUUACCGGACCUGACUCCUGCUCACUCUCGCGGUGGAAGCACUUCGACUCUAGCCUCUCAAAAUCAAGCACCCUCUUCAGAAGCGCAUGAUUGCAGUACGCUAUGGGGGCCAAUUGCACUAGCCAUCCGCACGCUUCAUUCUCAAGUCCGAAGGGACCCCACUAUCGAUGUUCAACCCCCCACCGCAAAGAUCAUCUCAGCCGUCCGAACCGCGCUGAACUCGACCGGAUGUUUGGCUCGUCAUUCACCUACCUUGCGCCACAAUCCAAAUCUCAGUCGCGCCCGGAAGCAGCUCUUAUCUGCUCUGUCCUCUAUGGUCGACCAGGCUCGCGUCAUCUCUCCGUCUUCUACCACCAAGAGCAAUCAUUCCUCCCAAGCCGCCCCUCAGUCUCAUCAGCCAGAGGAAAUUGAAACCCUCCUGCGGCUUUCGGAUCAAAUUCUUUCACAUGUUCGCGAACUUCUGCGGAUCGCUCAGCGCUCUGCUGUCACCUCCAAUACUCCAAGCUCCCCAAAACCUUCCGAAAGUCUGGCGAUGUCGAUUGGACAACGCUCCAUGUCCCUUUCCUCACCAAAUCCGCCAGACCCUCAUGGAGCCCCCCGGAUGAUUCGCCCCUGUAAAAGUGUCGGGACGCUGCUUCAGUUCCCCUCUUAUGAAUCCUUGAAGGGUACCCCAUCAAUCAAGUCUAGCAAAGCUGCAUCUAGCAUUCACCACCACCACCGUAGGCUUGAUUCGAUCACUUCGGUACAAUCGACUAUAUCCAAUCCAUCCUCUGCGACCUUCACCCUAGUCUCAGUGACUCAUAUCCUAGGGUUGAUUGAGAAAACUCACGAUCAGGUGCUUUCCACCGUAGCUGUAUUCAUCGGCCACGCGCACAUCCACUCCUCAACCGCUCACCCGGCCAGCCAUGCCCAUCUGAUCGACAUGACUCGAGACGUCAUUGAGAACGUUUGCGAGAUGCUGACGUUAGUCGAGUGCAUCUCCAAAAAUCCUACAGUUCGCGCGCUACCUCCAAUCAAAAAUGAGCCCCCGCUAGGUCCAGCCCGCGAGUCACUCUACGUCUCAACAACUGGCCUGGUCACUUCCGCCCGGGUGGCGACCUCUGCUUCCCCUACUAUGUCUUGCCCCACAUCGCCCGAGGAGGAAGAAGCAGACUCCUUACUCGCCUCCGCAACGGCCGUCCUUCGGUCUACCAACAGCUGCAUGGAUGCCGUCUCGGCCUGUCUGACCAGAAUGGAUCCAGGCUAUGCAGAGUUCGAGCUUUCAUCCAAUCGACCCUCAUUUCACGCCUACUUCAACACAAGCUCAUUCCCAGACACUAACGGAUCACUCUCCAUGAGAUCUCGUCACACCCUGUCGAUGCUUGGACGAAAGGCGAGUGCCCUAGCCUUCACUCGGAAUCCGUUUGAACCCGAGAACCAGAAUAAUUGGAGCGCUGUUUCACAAAAUUGGAAGAAGUCUGAUACUAGCUCAAUUGAGCCCAGUGCUGCUAGUGAUGUCGAGUCUCUAUAUACCCCAGACACCUCUUUUAUGGCACAGACAAAAGAAGCAGCAAUAAAGCAAGGCACACAGGCACCCCGUACGAGUCCCAGUCUGUCGACUCUGAGCUCUUCGGAUGGUAUCGAUUUGGUCCGCGCUUCGCCCUCCACAGCCAAUUCAUCAGAUGGUCGUUAUUCUCGAGAAUCCUCUCCUGCCACCUCCACCAGCGUCUCCCAUCCUGAAGAGGAAUCAGCUCAGGUCAUUGACAGGCAUCCGACUCCCGCUCAACGUCCAAACCCCAAAGCUCUGGCCUUACCGCCGCUCCAAAUUCCUACCGGAAGUAGUGGCUCACAAAACCCGGACUCCUGGCAGAAAGAAUUGCUGCUCAAUACUGAUGGUCAAGUCAUGGGAGGUACUCUUCGUGGCUUGGUGGGUAGGAUGACCUCCCAUGACACUCCGGUCGAAGCUACCUUUUUCCACUCGUUCUUUAUGACCUUCAGACUGUUCACCACAUCCGUUGAAUUCUCGAACGCCUUAAUCGCCCGGUUCUCGCUCACUUUUGAACUGAAUACCCCCGUGACUUCGACUGAUCCCUCGAACAACAUUUCCAGGGUCACGCCUAUCCGGCUACGGGUAUACAACGUGAUGAAGAGUUGGCUGGAGCUUCAUUGGCGGAUGGAAACGGAUGAAGUCGUCUUACCGGUGAUCAUGCGAUGGGCCGAAAGCCAGCUCUCGACGGCCUUACCGGUGCCGGCAGAGCGACUGAUUGACCUGGUCCAGAAGCGGAUGAAGGAGAGUCAGCUGGGGAUCCAGCCUGCAGGCUCGCAGGCGCGGACGAAAGCCAAACAAGUCUUGGGCGCGGCCAAGGAAGAGAACUAUGGAAAACUGGCCUGUCCAUCGCCCAUCAUCUCCAAGACGGUGAUGUCCCAGCUGCGGGCCAGUAGCUUCAACUUCUCCGCUCUCCAACUCUCAGACUUCGAUCCCGUCGAACUCGCCCGUCAGAUCACACUCAUGGAAUCUAAACUCUAUCAGGCUAUCCAGCCUGAGGAAGUCAUCGGCCAACUCUUCAAUAAAAAGUCCGGAUCCGCCGUCAACGUUCGCGCUAUGAGCGCCUUGAGCACUAAGAUGACUGGUUGGUUCACCGAGACUAUUCUCAAUGAAGACGACCUUCGGAAACGCACACAGAUCUUGAAGUUUUUGAUCAAGUUGGGCUCGAAACUACUGGAGAUGCAGAACUACAAUGCGUUGAUGUCGGUGAUGAGUGCGUUGAACUCGUCGACGAUUCUGCGACUGAAGCGGACCUGGGAGGGCGUUGGGAACAAAGCCCGGGCGCUGUUCGAGAACAUGAACAAGGCCGUGAGCCAUCAACGGAACUACGCCGAGUACCGCGCCACCCUCCGGCACGCACGCACCCCCUGCAUCCCCUUCUUGGGCGUCUACUUGACCGAUAUGACGUUCUGCCAUGAGGGGAAUCCGACCCAUCGUGCGUCUCCUGAUCUGCCUGGGGUUCAGUUGAUCAACUUUGACAAAUAUCAGAAAAUGACCAAGAUCAUGAACGAAAUCGAGCGUUUUCAGGUGCCUUUUAACUUCUCAGAGGUCCCUCAGAUCACAGCAUAUAUCCGGAUGUCGAUGAGCAACUUGAUGAGCUACCAAGACUCGGCCGACGAGCUCUACCAACGCAGUCUGCAGAUCGAGCCUCGCGAGCCUUCGCAUCUCCCGCCCCCUCCCUCUUCUUCGGCUUCUUAAAACCUCACCUGCUCUCUUCCUCCAUAAAAUCAUCCAGCUUCUUUGUCUCUUCUUUGUUUGCUUGUUGCUCUACCGCUAUUCUCACCCCAUGAUGAUUCCAAUAGAUUUUAUCUCCUUUCUCUUUCUCUCUUUCUCUCUCUUUUGAUAGUAUCAGUGUUUCUUCCUAUGGUUUUUGUGUUUUAUCUAGUCCUUAAUUUAUGUGUCUCUGAUAUGUCUCUGUAUGUACCUAUAUAUAUAUAUAUAUCAUGUCUCAUUUCUCUCAUCCUCACAGCAUCUUCAUCCUCAUGAUUGACCAUGAUUUGUCCUGUUCCGUCUGGUUUAGCAUUCUUGCAGCUCUCAACUAGUCAUUCUCUCUCAUCACGAUCCAUCCAUCCUCUUUUUCCCACAUCUUGGAGGAAAAGUCAUCUCUCCCGUUUU